CCACUAAUGAGCCAUUUUAAUGAUAGGAAAACCUGCACUACUGCCGCAAUCUCUCUGUACUGUACCUGUACGAUAAUCAAAUAGAAACAAUAAGUGGACUCAAUAGCUGUCAUCAUCUCACUCACCUCUACUUGCAGCAUAACUCCAUCUUUAGAAUGGAGAACCUGGACAAAUUGAACAAUCUCACUAAACUAUAUCUUAGUCAUAACUCCAUACAACUAGUAGAAGGGCUGGAACAAUUAUCGCGUCUUUCUGAGCUCCACAUUUCACACCAAAAUCUCCCCGAAGGAGAAAAGCUUCUCUUUGAUCCACGCUCCCUCAAAGCUAUAGUGAAUAGCCUCACGAUUCUUAAUGUAUCAGGCAAUCGCCUAGCAAGCUUAGAAGACAUAGGUCUGCUUGUCAAUCUUGAGCAAUUGAUGGCUACUGAUAAUGACUUGACUAGCAUGAAGGAUUUAGGAAAGGUUCUCUCGAGGUUUAUAAAGCUUUGGAAACUGGAGCUUAAUGGAAACCCACUUUCUUACAAGCAGAAGUAUCGUGACAGGGUUGUGACAAUGUGUCACAGGCUAGAGUCACUUGAUGGCAGAGAUGUAAACGAGAUGGAGAGACAGUUCCUAUUUAGCUGGAAGGCAAUGAGAAAAGCACGUCAACAGUUGACUAUAAAACCAGGCAACAAGAGCCACUUUGAAGAAAUAGAUUCAAAAUCUCCCAGACCACCUCCUACAAUGCCUCCUCUUCCUGCCCGUCAGCCAUUCAGACUCCAUUUAUUGCAGCAGAAGAGAAAAAGACAGCUCAUGGGUCUC